AUGACGCGGACUCUCCAUACACUGACCCAUCACUACAAACCCUCUCUAGUCCGGCAAAUACUGCGCAAGACCCAUCGGUUUCGCUCCCUCGCAACUCUUGCUCCCCGUCCCUAUACCUUUCACAUCGCCGCAAGCUGGGCAGGAAAAGUUGAAGACCACCGAAUACGAAAGGUUCCCUUUCCUCCGGAUACCCCCAUUGGAUCAUGGCGGGAUAAAAUGCUUUCACGUCCAAAAUCAGCUUAUAAUAACAAUGACGCAGGCGAAGACUUCUUUUUUAUACAAGAGGUAGGCACUAUUCCUCCUCCUCCCUCCCCGCGUCACCCGUCGCGCAAGAGGAAUAAGAUGAUCCAGGUGCGCGAGCGGGCGCGCAUGCGGAGCCAGUCAGGCGUCUCAUUUGGCGUUGCGGAUGGGGUUGGCGGAUGGACGGACAGCGGCGUCGACCCAUCUCUCUUCUCCCAAGCUCUUAUGUACCACGCCCACCGUUAUUCGAGAAAUGCUUGGGCGGGAGAGCCCGAGAUUGACCCCACCAUGGACUAUGAGGAGCGCGAACAGAUAGAGGGCUGGGAGAUGACCCCAUAUGAAUGUCUGGAUUUGGCGUAUGGUGGUGUCCUUCGAGAGCGGUUUGUUCAGGCUGGUUCAAGUACAGCGUGCAUUAUUAGCCUAAAUGCUUCUUCCGGAGUACUUCGCUCGGCAAAUCUGGGCGAUAGUGGUUUCACGAUAUUUCGGGGUUCAAAUAUGUUAUACCGACAACCAUCACAAACACACUUUUUCAAUUGUCCAAAACAGCUGACAAAACUUCCUGCCAAUUCCGGUCGCAGGUUUCCUCGAGCUUGCGUCGAUUCCCCAAGCGAGGCAUCCACGCACCAGGUGAAAUUACGAGAUGGCGACAUCAUCGUUGCCUAUACAGACGGACUAUCGGAUAAUGUAUUCCCCGAUGACAUGGCAACUAUAUGCUUGCUCGCUUCCCGGGCUGGCGGGUCCGAGGACGUACGGGUGCAAGCCAUAGCAGACCGUAUGGUUCAUUAUGCGCGUCUAUGUAUGGACAGCAAAGACAGAGUUAGCCCAUUUGAGAGAGACGCAGCUCGACAAGGCAUGUUUUUCCGAGGCGGAAAACCAGAUGAUGUUACAGUUAUUGUUGCCCUUGUCAAGGAGACGAUAUGA